CGAAGCAUGUUUUCACUUGCAUUUGAAUUUUUUUACUUCGAUGUUUUCAGGAUUUGAUAUUUUAAUUUAUGUCUAAACAUUUUAUUUUCUAUGUUUUUUUUAGUUUUCUAAUCUACAAUUUACUAUAUUAAGCUCCAAGCUGAUUUUUAACGGUAUAAUUCGUCAUAUCUCUAGCUCUUGCAGAUUGCUUUUGCCCACACGGAUUACUCAUUACGGAUCUCUAUCUAGUUUAUCCACUUUCCAUCAAGUUUUCGUUAUGGGACCCAAAAAACGUCAACUUUCUCCAACACCUCCCAAAAAGAAAGAUAAAACUGAUUCGGAAGAUUCUUCAGAAGAAGCUAGUACGACUUCAGCUACCCUUGAUGAAGUUAAGAGUGAGCAAAGCUCAGAUCCAAGUGAACGAUUGUUUCAAGAAAUAAAUAAAGCUCGUGCUGCUGUUGGCGAAUCGAUUGAAGAUUUCAAGUUUAACAAAAAAAGAGUUCGAAUGUUAAGUGAUUGUAAGGUAGCAUCCGAGGACUGUGGUGCUAUCCUGUACUGGAUGUCUCGUGAUGGUCGAGUUGAGGACAAUUGGGCCUUAUUAUAUGCUCAAAGACUAGCUUUAAAGUUUAAAGUACCUCUUCAUGUUUGUUAUUGUCUUGUCCCGGUAUUUCUCGAUGCAAGUAUAAGAGGAUUUCACUUCCUUUUAGGAGGAUUGGAAGAAGUUGAAAAGGAUUUAUUGUCAAGAAACAUUCAUUUUCAUUUACUCCUAGGCGCGCCUCCUGAAGUCUUGCCUAAAUUUGUUUCUGAUAACAAUAUUGGUGGAGUUGUCUGUGACUUUGCUCCACUCAAAGUUCCUAUGAGAUGGGUUAAUGAAGUUUGUAAAAAACUUCCUGAAGAUGUUCCUUUAUGCCAGGUUGAUGCUCACAACAUUGUACCGUGCUGGGUUGCAUCAGAAAAACUAGAAUAUGCUGCGCGAACUAUCAGACCAAAAAUCACUAACAAGUUGCCUGAAUUUCUCACUCACUUUCCCCCAGUGGUGCUUCAUCCAUACUCAUCUGAUGUCAAAUACGAAAGAGUAGACUGGGUCAGGGCUGAAAAAUCUUUAAAAUGUGAUCGAUCAGUCCCAGAUGUUAACUGGAUCAAGCCUGGUUAUCGAGCUGGAAUUAAAAUGUUAUCUGAUUUUGUCGAGAAAAAAAUCCGCUGGUACAAUGACAAGAGAAAUGAUCCAAGUCAAGAUGUUCAAUCUAACUUAUCUCCAUACUUUCACUUCGGACAAAUAGCCCCUCAGCGAGCUGUUUUAGUUGUUCAAAAGUAUAAAAAGCAAUACAAAGAAUCGGUAGAGGCCUGGGUAGAAGAAGCAGUUAUCAGACGUGAAUUGGCUGACAACUUCUGCUUUUAUAAUCCUAACUAUGAUUCACUAAAAGGUGCUCCGGAAUGGGCUCAAAAAACUCUUAAUGAUCAUCGAAAAGAUAAACGUCCUUAUGUGUACACUAAGAAAGAGUUUGAAGACGGUAAAACGCAUGAUCCUCUGUGGAAUGCUUGUCAGAUGCAAUUGGUUCGCGAUGCUAAACUUCAUGGUUACAUGAGAAUGUAUUGGGCUAAAAAGAUACUUGAAUGGAGUAAAUCUCCCGAAGAAGCACUGGAAAUCGCUAUCUAUUUAAAUGACAAUUUCGAACUAGAUGGUCGUGAUCCAAAUGGUUUCGUAGGCUGUCUCUGGUCCGUUGGGGGUAUACAUGACCAAGGAUGGGGUGAAAGAGCGAUCUUUGGAAAAAUACGAUACAUGAAUUAUGAAGGUUGCAAAAGAAAAUUUGACAUCAACACUUUUAUGGCCAAAUAUAAAACGAUCUCGUCUAAAAUCAACCCUUGGACUGCUAGUAAGAAAACUAAAAAGUGAUCUCAUGCAAUCAUGCAAUCAUAUGAUACUCAUGGAACUAAGAAAUAGCCAAAGAACCGUACACACUCAGAUUUAUCUCAUUGGUCAUUCACAAUUGUAAAUUAACUUUAAAAAUAAAUUAAAAAUGCAUUUUGUUGCACAUUCUUUCUUUAUUUUAGUUUGGAUUGAAAUCAAAUUUUAAAUUGAGCCUUUUUUAUUUUUAAUAAUGCAACUAAUAUUAUGUGUAAAUUAUUUCUGACUUUUUAAUUUAUUAAAUAUUGAUCCAAUAUGA